AUGAUGCAUAGUGCUAGUGCUAUAUUGGAGACCGCCCAUGCACCGCCGGCGCCGCCAAAGCCCAAUCCCAAGUGCAAACCCAAGGCUAAACGUGCUCCCUCGGAAAUCCCGACCACGACCCAUUAUAUCGAUAGCCAAAAAUUCAAGAUUCUAGCUCGAACUGUGCCUCAACACCUUGAGUGGCACAACGGAGAGGGAUGGGCGAUCGAGGCUAGUAAGUUUUUUCUGUACUUUCAGGUCUCUUUGGCAAAACAUUGCUUACUGACAUCCAAUCGUUUAGGAUGGCCUCCUACUGGCAUUGCACCGAUUCCGGAGCAUUACCAGCUUAUCGCCGGCUAUGUCACCAUCGAGACAAAAGAGAGGGAAGAAAAAGACGACUGUGGCAACGUUCAACGAAUUGUCAAGACCGUCACCCGAAACUAUGAUUCCUAUUCCUACGACAUUCGCGCACAAACCAUCAACGGAGUGAAGAAAAUCCUUUUUAUCUCCAGGACGACCUCUGCCGGUGCAUGGGAAGUUGAGAAUGCGAAAAAGCACUACGGUCCCAUCAGACAGGGUUUGACGUAUGAGAUAGUAAGGGCUCGUGGCGAGCAGCUUGCGAAUACGAUGGGCAACUACCACAAACUCUGGAAUAACUGCGACACGUUUGCACAGAGGUUAUACAGGGACAUUUCAGGAUAA